AUGAACUUCAUCCUCCCCAAGCCAUACAGAAGACGCCCUAGCAAGUCGGCGGCAGCGGCGGCGUUGACAUCGAAGCCGGACUAUGGCCUCCACACCCUCGUGGACAGAGACCCAACAGCUUUGCAGGGUAUAGACAUCGUCGCCAUUCACGGCCUAAAUGGGCACUACUUGAACACAUGGACCGAUGAGGAAACCGGCAUAAACUGGGUGGAGGAGCACAUACAUCGUAUCGUGCCCGUCUCACGGGUAAUGUCGUUCUGGUACAAUUCGACUCUACAGUUCAGCAAGUCAACGUCAGACGUCGGUGUCUUUAGUGAUCAGCUCCUGGAGAAUCUGCAUGCGAAGAGAAAGUCCAUCGAAGAGCAGGAGCGUCCGCUCAUCUUCAUAUGUCACUCGCUUGGCGGUCUGGUUUUUAAGAAGGCGUUGGUGAGAGCACACGAAAAUGACGAGUACCUAUCUCUCGCGAAGAACAUGAGGGGCGUAUUCUUCUUCGGUACACCACACAAGGGCUCUUCUCUGGCCAACUGGAGCACGAUGGCAGCACGACUGCUCAAGGUGGCAUCGAUGGGAACCAGUACCAAUACACGGCUAUCGAAGGAUUUGGAGCCAAACUCCAGAAUGAUGGAAUGCAUAUCGGACUCAUUUCUAGCCUACUCCUCGAACCUCAAGAUUGUCUCCUGUUAUGAGACUCUGAAAAUGGACUACUUGAACGCCGUGGUUGUCGAGAAGGACUCGGCCAUCCUGGACCGCCACAAAGACACCAAUAUUCCCAUAGAGAGCGACCACAGGGGCAUGUGUAGAUUUGGAGACAUCAAUGAAGCGAGAUUCGAGCCCGUGAAAUCCAGACUAGAUACCAUGGCUCGCAACAUGCGCAAAGCCUUCUCUCUGGACAAGGACAGGCUCAUGAAGGCGCUGAACACCUCCAACUACGAGGCACACAAGAGUCGAAACCCAUCACCGGUGCCGGGAACUUGUACUUGGAUUUUCAACCAUCCCAAGUGCAAGAGCUGGAUCGAAUCCAGAGGGCCGUCCCUUCUUUGGAUAUCAGCCGACCCUGGAUGCGGAAAGUCAGUGCUGGCUUCCUUCCUCGUCGAUCACUUCACGGCAAUCGCGCCUGCCAAGGGGCUGAACGUGUGCUACUUCUUCUUCAAGUCGGAUAAUGUCGACCAAUCGGACGUGGUCAGGGGAACUCAGGCUAUUCUGCACCAACUCUAUAGUCAGCAGAAGGAUCUCAUGUCUACCGAUGCGGCCGAGCUCCAGGUUGCGAACAUCCAGAGCGUGGAAGGUCUCUGGAAAGCGUUCGUCCAGUCGACUCAACGGGAAGAUGCAAGGCCCACGAUCUGCAUCCUCGAUGGCAUCGACGAGUGCGAGCCGAAGCCUCGGGGGCUUUUGUUGCGCUCCAUCUCAAAGUACUUCGCCACCGAAGAACAUUCUCAAGUGGGCACCUGCCGGUCUCGAUUGAGGGUCAUCAUCACGAGCCGACCAGAAAACCAGAUCAAGGUUGCACUGGACAAGUCAAGCAAGCCUUCGAGCAGGAACGGGUCCGCGUCGCAGCCUAGGACGUACAACAUGAUCCGCCUGCGGGCCGAAGACGAAACAGACGCAAUUAGUGCGGACGUCGCCCGGGUGAUCAGAGCCAAGAUCGAAGAUCUCAUCGACCACGGCCUGCCCGCAGGCCUGCUCCACAACCUCCAGUCCGAACUUGUCAAGCGUGCCGAUAGGACAUUCCUCUGGGUAUCUCUUGUCCUUGACCUAUUGGAAGAAAAGGUGGAGAGCGGUGCCUCUCGACGAGAGCUCGAUGAAAUCCUCAAGACGCGGGACAUCUUUGGCAUCUAUGCUGAGCUCCUAGCCUCGAGACCUGAUCUUACCAAGGCGAGGAAGCUGCUCGAGAUUUUGCUUUCUGCUGCGCGACCACUUACUGUUGAGGAAACUAGCAUUGUCCUCGCAGUCGCAUCCGGUUCAAAGGACGGGCGUGUCCAGCAAUCGAGGACAAAGGCUAGGCGUCCGGGUGAUCUUACAUUUGACGACGUCGAGUACGAGCUCGUCUACCCCUUCGAGAACCAUCUCAAACAUCUCUGUGGCAACUUCAUCCGCAUCAUACGGGACAAGGUGUACUUUGUACACGAGACGGCCAGGGAGUUUCUCCUCGCUAACGACAGCUCUUCGCGAAUCGUCACUGCUCAAGCAGUCACCGCCAGGCUCAGCUCCAGUUUGUCCAACCCUCCAAUCUCGAAACAGACUGAGACUUUCCAGCACAGCUUCACUCUCAUAGACACACAUGUCACAAUGUUGGAGCUCUGCGCCGCAUACCUAUACUGUCUUGCAAAGCCAUCGAGCUCAUCACAGUCAGGCGAGACGAGCAUCAAGACGGCACCGUUCUUAGACUACGCCGCGCAAUGCUGGACGAUACAUUACCACCGGGCCAGGUCUCGGCUUGUUACAAGAGACAAGCAAUACUACCAAAAUCUCUGCCAUCCGCUUUUCCACGGAUUCAACCGGUGGAUGAAGGCAUUUUGGUCGUCGAACCCGCCGCCACAUCCACUGAGCGCACCUGAUGAGAUUCACGACUAUUACAUUGAGUUUUUCAGCCUCGAGACGCCGCUGUCUUCCCCUGGAAAUGAGCCAUCUGACGGUGAGGGUAGUCAUGCCUCCUCGAACGACGAGCCGGCCACUGAGGAGUGUCUUGAAAAGUCCGAAGACUCCCAAGAUGCGUGUGGUAUGACAUUCUGCAGACCUGCCGUUCGCGGCGAGAAGAAGAGCGACGGUCUUCUGGAGUUUACUUCAUGGCGAGGCAUUGAGAGCAGUCUGUCGAGCAAUCCGGCUUCGCUGAGCAAUCACUACUUUCCGUUGAAGGUCGACGGUGAUGGGUUGGUUUCGCUGGAUUUCGGGAGCAUAUCGAGCAAUCACACCACCAAGUGUUAG